GGGAGUUCGGGGACGGCCUCCGAGCACCGACCCACCGCUUUCUGGAGCUCCGAACCCGUCCCUAGCCCUGGGAGCUGGGGGCUGGGCACAGGUGCCCCACGCUGCAGCGCGCACGGGCCCCUCCCCCUGCCAGUCUGGCGCGCCCGGGCCUCAGGUCCAUUACUAGACUGGGCACUGCACCAAGCGCCUCCUCGAAGGGGAGGACACUUUAAGGGCCCAAACCGCGAGACAGGUAGCUUCCAGGUCUGCAGAUAAGACUAGAAGAUGAAGGACGAUUGUCCGCCCAGUUCUCAUGUGCCCAUCAGUGAUAGCAAGUCCAUUCUGAGAUCAGAGCUCUCAAGCCUGCUGAAAACAUACAACUGCUACCAUGAAGGCAGAAGCUUCCAGUUGAGACACCGAGAGGAAGAAGGGGCUCUGAUCAUCGAGGGGCUCCUCAACAUCUCCUGGGGCCUGAGGCGGCCAAUCCGUCUCCAGAUACAGGACGACAAGGAGCGAGCACAUGCCCCAGCUUCCUGGACACCUGGACAGCCCAGCUGCCACCUGAAAGAGCCACCUCUUCCAGAUGGCAAAGCCACCGCACAGGAGCCAGGCGCUCAGCCAGGGCACAGGACCGAGGACACCAGAGACAGCGCGGAGCCCCUGGAGGAGGAGGAGGAGGAGGCCCCGCAGCUGAUGCGGACCAAAAGUGAUGCGGGCUGUGUGAUCCAGAGGCGGCCCAAGUGCAGAGCCCCUGGCGAGGCCCAGAGGAUCCGACGGCACCGGUUCUCCAUCAAUGGGCACUUUUACAACCACAAGACCUCCGUGUUUACUCCUGCGUAUGGGUCCGUGACCAAUGUGAGGGUCAACAGCACCAUGACGACCCUGCAGGUGCUUACCCUGCUGCUGAACAAGUUCCGAGUGGAAAAUGGUCCCAGUGAGUUUGCACUCUACAUCGUUCACGAGUCUGGGGAGAGGACGAAAUUAAAAGACUCUGAGUACCCGCUGAUUUCCAGGAUCCUGCACGGGCCUUGUGAGAAGAUUGCCAGGAUUUUCCUCAUGGAAGCUGACUUAGGCGAGGAAGUUCCGCAUGAUGUCGCUCAGUACAUUAAGUUUGAAAUGCCGGUGCUGGACAGUUUUGUUGAAAAAUUAAAAGAAGAGGAGGAAAGAGAAAUUAUCAAACUGACCAUGAAGUUCCAAGCCCUGCGUCUGACGAUGCAGCAACGCCUGGAGCAACUAGUGGAGGCCAAGUAGCCAGCCAGCGUAGCUCUCCUCCACAGCCCUCAGAGGGAGUACAACCAAGUGCCGUGGGCAAACCUGACUGAUCACACUGAUCAUCGUGAUUGAUGGCCACCAGCUGAGCAGUCCAGCACCUGUGCUUCUACCUGUCUACCUGCCUGGGUAUUGUUGGUCCCACAUACCUGGCUCAUGGCUACAAGAUGAGUGUUCACUGAGCCCAGACCCACACCUGAGGAGCCAGGAUCUUGCUAUGUGUAUCUGUAUGUGUGGUUGACCAGGACAGCAAGCAGCCACAAAGCUGUGGCACCAACUCUCUAAUGCAGCUGGACAAUGUGGCCAGUCUUGUUCAAGCCACACUUCUGCUCUGGACAGCUCUACCUGAUGGAACCCAUGGGGCCUGGGCCUCAUCUGCUUCCCCAUUGGCUCGCCCAGGGCUUCUCCACCAGCCUGUCUUCAUUGUCCACGUGAAGUCCCCGUCUGCCCUCAGGAGCACCUUUGAGAAAAGCAGGAGCCGCCUGCCUGCCUGCCAGGAGUGCCUGGCUCCCAGCCAUCACUUCACCAAGCAUUCUGGCUUCCACGCCUACGAUGUCCCCCUGAGAGCCUCACACAGUGGUGCCUGGCUGGCUGAGGCCAGACCAGGAUUCAACCACAAGCAUCCCACCUCCUCUCUUAACACUCACUCUUAAAUUCACUGCAAGAAAUACCUUAUUUGACCAUGCAAAGGAGGUAACCCACAUGGCACUGGAAGAAUGUCACUCCAUGUGGGUGAGAGUCCAGAGUUGCACAAGAGCUGCCAGGCAGGGAGUCAGAAAGGCAGUGGCCUCAUCACCACUGUCCUGUGGAGGCCUCUUGCCCUCUCUGGCCUUGUGUCCCGCCCUGCUCAGUACUUCCCACCAAAGGGGCCAUGAUACAGAGAGAUGUCUGUUUGAACAGAAUGGGGUUUGAGUCCCCUGGGGCCACAUAUUGAACAAUUUGGGUUUGUCAACUAGUGGGAGAAUUCCUGGAAUGAAUGAGAAGUUAUUUGCAAAACUAUGCAACAGUUUACAUCGGUCAUAUGAAAUGCUUGUCCAAAACAGAACAAACUGAAGACCAAAUGUUCUCCCACUGUAGUCUCUAGUAACACAUUUUAAAGGAAGAACCAUAAGGCUUCCAAAGAUAGGAGAGAUUCCAUCUCUGCUCAUGCAAUGGCUGGUGAGGAACAGUGUUUGGGAGUGGGCAGACCAGGCCAUGUGAAGCCCACAGUUUGGGGGAACUUUGCACCAGUUUUUUGUUUUUUGUUUUUUUUCUGACCUGUCUCCAUGGUCACAGAGACAUACAGACAGAAGCCACCGGGACGCCUGGAUCAGUCUCUGUGUUCCUGUAACUACAUAGUUUCUUAGGUCCUCAAUAAAGCUGCGCUGUGCUGAAUCCCAGGGCCUAGGACUAAGUUUUGUUUUCCUUAUGUGUGACUGAUCCCUGAUCUAAGCUCCAAGAAACUCUUAUCCUCUAGUAGGUGUGGCCACAUUUGACAGAAAAGCCAAAAGUGAGCCAACUCCUAUUGACACAGACACAACUUUCAUUACUGUGGGUGUCCUGAGGAUCAGUGUGGGGCCUGUGGCCAGGCAACCACAGAGCAGGGAAUCCAACUCAUUGGUGGGGGUGGCCUGUAACAUAAGCAAUAAGAUCACCCUGAAUUGCAGAAGUUCAGCACCAGGAGGACUUCAGGAAACUUCCAGUCUUCUAGAUUCAGGUAAGAUGGCAGCAGGACAUAGAAGAGGGAAGGAAAGGCGUCAAACAGGCACUCCCAGCUCAUUUGCCCCUUGGGCUUCUUUCACCCUUGACCCAAGCCAGCUGCUGUCCACUACUAAGCAAUCAUUGAGUAGAUCCCUUGCUGAGCAGUGCAUGUUUGUGCCUCUGUCCCGGGGACAAAGUGAACGCCAUGGUUGACCGCAUGCUCAGGGGUCUCCUCAGUAGAAGCGGCCAGCUCAGCUGGUGAACAUGCCUAGGGCGAGGCCCAAGGCUGAGCCUGAGUCAGCUCAGACAAUGUGUGUGGCAUCCAGCCAAGAGCCAGCUGCCAGCCUAGA